AUGCGCAAUAACCCAUCGUCUGCGAUUCUUUUCACUUUAAACGGUCCUGUUUGUUGUCGGAAAGUGUCUUUAGAAUGCAGAGAUUGCUCGAUCAAGUAUGGAGUGUGCAAGUACUCCGAUGAACAUGGUGCUCGAUACUACCAGAGUCAUUUGACGCUUGAUAUCAUUGAAGUAAGCAACGUGGCAUACAUCCACAAGGACUUAUACAAAUGGAUGCCAUCUUUAAGGUAUCAUUUUUUCUCGUAUGCUUCUUAACAGUUUUACAAACCAUUAUAUUUAACCGAUACAAUUAAAUAUUUCCAAUAUAAAUGGAUUCAUGCAUAACGAACAAUUCGUGAUUAAUUUACAAUUAGGAUACAUGUGCAUGUAUUGUUACAAUAUGACCUAGCUCAUAGAUUGGAUUUAAUUAUAUUAUAAAUUAUGCACUUAAAGUAACAACACUGGACUAGUCAAAACUACGCGCGUAUAGCGGUGCAGAAAUUUGGUAAAAUUGGUGUCGAAAAUCUUAGAAGCCUUUUAAUAAACGUCCUAUAUUUAGUUUCAGAUACAGGUGAUAUUUGGUAAAAGUAAGACAUUGAAAUUUCACAAAAUUGUGUGGCUACCAGGAGCUAAUCUGUAAUGCCCUAUAGCCAAAAAAUCUUGGCUUAGGUUAUACCCUAACAUGCCAAGUUGUGUGCUUGUAUCAUCAAAUGCACAAUUUUGCCACCAACUGCUACACUAUUAGCCUGCCCCGAAACAGGUAGGGUGCAUAGGCUAGGCACAUUGGGGAUCAUUGCCAGGUAAUGGAUUUAAAAUAUGAUGCAGGGCAUAAUAUCAGCCUUCAAUUCUGAUGUGUUUUUGUGAUUUAUUUUACAGCAAUCAUUGUUGGGUAUCAUUCAGUGGCUUUGCUGAGGCCUACAAUGAAAUUUACCAGGAAGAAAUAAAGUUGUAUUCCUCACUUGUAGAUG